GAGCCCGGGGAGGGGGGCUCCCGGCCCUGACCGCACGCCCGCCCCUGCCCCUGCCCCGCAGCCGGAGGACCUGAUGAACAUGCAGCACUGCAACCUGCUCUGCCUGCCCGAGAACUACCAGAUGAAGUACUACUUCUACCACGGCCUCUCCUGGCCCCAGCUCUCCUACAUUGCUGAGGAUGAGAAUGGGAAGAUUGUGGGGUAUGUCCUGGCCAAAAUGGAAGAGGACCCAGAUGAUGUGCCCCAUGGUCAUAUCACCUCAUUGGCUGUCAAGCGUUCUCACCGGCGCCUUGGGCUGGCUCAGAAGCUGAUGGACCAGGCCUCCCGAGCCAUGAUAGAAAACUUCAAUGCCAAAUAUGUCUCUCUGCAUGUCAGGAAGAGUAACCGGGCCGCCCUGCACCUCUAUUCCAACACCCUCAACUUUCAGAUCAGUGAAGUGGAGCCCAAAUACUACGCAGAUGGAGAAGAUGCCUAUGCGAUGAAGCGGGAUCUCACCCAGAUGGCGGAGGAGCUGAGGCGGCACCUGGAGCUGAAGGAAAAGGGCAGGCCCGUGGUGCUGGGCUCCGUGGAGAACAAGGUGGAGAACAAGGGUGGUUCACUUCUGAGCUCGGGUGAGGCCUGUCGGGAGGAGAAGAGCCUGGCUGCAGAGGAUAGUGGCGGGGACAGCAAGGACCUCAGCGAGGUCAGCGAGACCACAGAGAGCACCGACGUCAAAGACAGCUCCGAGGCCUCUGACUCGGCCUCCUAGAGCCUGCCCACCACAUCCCCACCUCAUGAGCUUUCACAAUAAACUUCACCCCAUGACCUGGG